AUGGCAUUUCGGACUAUAAAUCUUUUAAAAAAUAUAAGAUACGGCAAUAAUCUAUUUCGUUUCUCAACGUCGACGUUUGUGCCUGUAAAUAACAAAAAAAUAGCUAAUGUAAACCAAUAUAAAACGGAAGAUGAUGUUGUUUAUUUGGAGGACCCUGAUUGCUUUGGAACUUUAGCGGGAAAAUCAAGAAUAGAUGAAAAAUUAGAAGAUGAUGAUGAUAUUAAGGAAGAAAAAUUUUUAAGCAAUAUUCCGCUUAAAUCUCAACAGCUGACUAUCAAACAAUAUGCAGACUUAAUAAAGCAAUAUUUGAAAUUCAAAAGAAUUAAAGAAGCUAUAGAUAUUUUGGAAAUUAGAAUGUUGCAGGAAGAUAAAGUUAAACCUGAAAAUUAUAUUUAUAAUAUACUAAUUGGGGCGUGUGCAGAAGUAGGAUACACAAAGAAAGCUUUCAAAUUAUUCAAUGAUAUGAAGAGAAGAGCACUAAAGCCAACUGGAGAUACUUAUACUUGUUUAUUUGAAGCAUGUAUGAACAGUCCAUGGCCUGCAUAUGGAUUGAAAAUGGCUACACAUUUAAGAAAUUUAAUGAUUGAAAAGGGAGUAGAACCGAAUAUAACUAAUUAUAAUGUUAUGAUAAAAACAUUUGGUAGAUGUUCCGACUUACCAACAGCUUUUAAAAUUGUUGAUGAAAUGAUAUCAAAAAAAAUUAAAAUUAGAGUGCACACUUUCAACCAUUUAUUACAUGCAUGUAUUAGUAACAAAGAAACUGGUUUAAAAAGUGCUCUUGUAGUUUGGAGGAAAAUGUUGAAAAUGAGAGAAAAACCAAAUAUUUAUUCAUUUAAUCUUAUGCUUCGGUGUGUUAAAGACUGCAAUUUAGGAACAAAAGAAGAUAUGCUUGAAGUAUUUGACAUUAUACAAGAACAUAAUAUGUUAUUGAAUCCAGCUCCAAAAGUAUCACAAAUUGAAAGCUCACAAACAUACUUGCCCACAAAUAACUUUAUUGAGAGUGAAGAAUCAGUUCAACAACAGUCAUCUAAAAAAGAAUCGGAAUUCAAUAUAGAGAAAAAAGAAAAUAAAUUUAAAUGUAAUGAAGUAAACGAAGGACAAAAUUGUAAUGUAGAAAAUAAUCAUAGUGCAUUAGAUUUAGUUGAGAAUACAGUUGAAUUAGUAGAAAAUUUCAAAAAACCUGUUCCUUUAGUGGAAAAAAGAUCUGUACCCAACUUGCUUUCAAAAUUAGUACAAGUUAAUGAAGUGAUGGCCCUGCAAGAAGUAACAACACCUCAAGAUAAAUUUGCCAUAAUAGGUGGACACGAAGAUUUUCUUAAAGAAAUGCAGGUUUAUUCUGUUAUACCUGAUGUUAAAAUUUUCACUCAAAUGUUGCCACUCAUAGAAAACAAUACUGAGGCAGAAAAUAAACUUAUGGAAAGUAUGAAGACAUUAAAAGUUAAACCAGAUAUAGAUUUUUAUAAUAUGUUAAUAAAGAAGAGGUGUCUGAGACUAGAUUAUGACACUGCAUUCGAAGUGAGAAAUUUAAUUGAAGAAGAUAAUGUAGUACGCAAGACACAUCCUUUAAAUAAGAAAAACAAGUUAAAAGUCAAUAUUAUGACGUAUGGAAUAUUAGCUAUGGCAUGCAGCACAAGAUCCAAGGCUGAUGAACUUCUAAAUGAAAUGAAAGAAAAGCAAAUAAAGGUCAAUAUAGAGAUUUUAGGUACAUUGUUAAGAAAUGGUACAAGACAAAUGCAAUUUGGAUACAUUCUACAUAUAAUGGAAGUCGUAAAACAAGAAAGUUUAAGAGUUAAUGAUGUUUUCAUUAAACAUCUAGAGGCUUUCAAUGAUAAAUGUACGACUAUAAUGGAAAAGAAUAAAAAAGAAGACCGAGAAAGUCCAAUAUUUGCAGCUGCCUAUGAACGUUUUAAGAGUAUCUAUAGCAAUUGGUUAAAAGAAAUUAACAUACAAGAAGCACUAAAACCAGAACACCCUUGGAAACAGUUUAUGGAACCACAUCCUACACCAAUACAAAGAGAAAACAUUAAAAUUAUUGAACCUAAACGUUUUUAUAAGAGAAACCGCAAAUUUAUUCCCUAUACGCCAAAAAUA